AUGAACCCUCAGCCUGCGGGCAUUGGAGGAGUCAGCGACACUCUCUACGUCAAAGGGCAUGAUGCAGGACCCACGACUGCUGAUCUCAACAAAUUGGCAUCCGAGCGGCAAGUUGAUUCGGGAGUUCUUGAUGCCUCAGCGGUGACUGCAGUCGACCAAGUGCCAGGUGGCCACAGCCGAGCGGAAUUCGAUGGCUACAUCUCGCAGGCCUUUGCUUAUCUAGACGAAGCUCAGAAGCGCACAGACAGAGCAGCACUGCCUGCAGUAGCAGCAGCGGCGGUGCCCCCACGAGUUCCAAGUCUACAGCUUGCGACGGAGGUUCUUGUGCAACUGCGCCAGAGUGCUGAAUCAUGCGGGGGCCCUGCCAAACCCUGGGGUGUACUACUGGCGCUGCUGAGCUCAUGCCCAGGCUCGUCCUGA